GCUGCUGCUGGCGCUCUCAGUGCGGAGUGGUGGUGCGUCCAAGGCCAGCGCCGGACUAGUGACCUGUGGGUCAGUGCUGAAGCUGCUCAACACCCACCACAGAGUGCGGCUACACUCACACGACAUCAAAUACGGAUCCGGCAGUGGCCAACAGUCGGUAACCGGUGUGGAGGCGUCCGACGAUGCCAAUAGUUACUGGCGGAUUCGCGGCGGCUCCGAGGGUGGGUGCCCGCGCGGGCUCCCAGUGCGCUGUGGGCAGGCAGUGCGGCUCACGCACGUGCUCACCGGCAAGAACCUGCACACGCACCACUUCCCGUCGCCGCUUUCCAACAACCAGGCAGCAUCGGCCCACCACCAGCAGUCCAUUUCCAAUGGAAGUCCUGGACGAGUUCGACAGCGAAUUCCCCAUGAGUGUGACCUUCUGCCAGCUCAUUUCCGAGGAUGACUUCGAGAGGCAAGCAGCGACCUACACAGAGCGUGCUCUGCGACGCCUCUUCCGCACCUUGGAUCGCAACCCAGCGCUGGCGGAGAGGGUCGUGCGGAAGGGCAAGCAGACUGAGAUUGAGCAGCGCGGGAUCCUCUCCAACCUCUGGGCGAAGUUUGUCUGCACUGUCCAGGGAGAUCUAAACCAGUGCAACAACAUGGGUGCCCUGGAGAUGCAUCAGCGCCUGGAGCAGCUGAAGAGGCGCAUCCACCGUGUGCAUCUGUAUUCCCAGGAUGCCAAGAAGAGGAGGAGGAGACCGAAACCAAGGAAAGCAGAUCCUAUCUUUCGAGACCGGUCAACCUCCCCAUGCCUGCCAUUACCACCACCGCUGCAGCCGCCACCACCACAGCCUGUCACUACCAUGGCCUCUGUAGUGGCUGCGUCAUCCUCUGUCUACACUAUGCCCCGGGUCUUUGGCCCCUUCCCUCCACUGACUGGCAAGCCGACAGAGAAACUGGAUAUUUCAAGCUCUGAAGUAAAAUUAAACUGGAAUGGUCUUUCAACAACAUCAAAGAGCCACAUGGUUGAUCUGACUCCCUUGGUCCUCAACCCCGGAGGUUUCCAUUUCUCGUAUUUGGCAGGAAACAGUGCACACAAGCUCCAUUGUUCUGGCUUUCCCUGGACACCAGCCUGUAGCAGAUCCUCCAACACUGUCGAGACUCCAUCUCCUGUUGUGAAAGCCUCCAUCUUCACUCCACCUGUUCUGCUCAAGUUUCAGCCUCUGCCCAGACCCAAUGAUGAUUCAGAGAAUGACCCUGGGAGCGCAGAGUCCACUCCUGCCAAGGAGAGCCAAUAAUCUUUUCCCAAGAGAUCAUGCCCCAGGACUGAGUAAAGUUCAUCCUGGUGUUGAGCUUACCA